UCGCUGUACCUUGCGUCGCUCUGGACCUCAACGGUGUCGCCCUCCUUGAUCGAAAUUCCGACCUCGCUCUGUGCGAGUACCUUUCGCUGUGCGGCAAUUGGAAUCUGGCAUACUGAAGUGGUCAUUGACAAGCGAAGCGCCAUCUUGACUCGACACCCAGGUGAAGUAAACAAAGAAGAGGAGAAUGUACCAACACCGCAAGGCAUCUCGCAGAGACCCGGGGAGGGGCGGCUAUCUACUACUCUCCAUCUUCGCGAUAGGCGCAACCCUCCCAUCCGUCGUCGCCAGGCAGCAGUUCAAGUUUGAGACCAACUGGCAAGCCCAAUUCCACAGCCUCUCGAGCUCGGUAAAUGUUGCCAGGAGAGGCCCACCAUCCAGCGAGGACGGAGACCGCAUACCUAUACGAAUCGACAAUCGCUGUGAGGACACGAUAUGGCCUGGUAUUUUCACCCAAGCCGGCACAGGUCCCGGCACAGGGGGCUUUGAACUCGCUUCGGGGAACAAAACUGAGCUGUGGGUGUCGCCCGACUGGCAAGGCAGGAUCUGGGGGCGGACAAACUGCACGGUCGAUGGCGACAUGGCCUCUUGCGACACAGGCGAGUGUGGAAAGUUGGAUUGCGAGUCCAGCGGCGUACCUCCAGCGACUCUGGCCGAGUUCACGCUCGCUGGCGGCGAGAACAAUAUGCAGACUUUCUACGACGUUUCUCUCGUAGACGGCUACAAUAUUCCCAUUGCCGUCAAUCACAUUCCGUCCAAGAACACGAGCUUUAUCCCGCCCAAUCUCACGAAUCUCGCUUGCAUUGCCACGGCCGGCUGGCUGUAUGAGACCAAUGCGACGAGCACCAUCUACUCCAACACAUCCUACCCAGUCCCGUGGGAGACAGACGAGUCGAACGACAGCGUGAGUUCCUGGUGCCCGUGGCCGUACCUCAAGUUCCCACCUGCCAAACCAGGCCACGGUGUCUUUCCGUAUCCCGACGACAAUAUCGAGCGACCGGCGUUCUCGCCUUGCAACAGUGCUUGCGCGGCUUCCGGUAAAGACAAGGAUUGUUGUGCUGGAAAAUACAACGAUCCGAAAGUCUGCAAGCCGUCGCGGUAUAGCAAGACGGCAAAGGAUGUCUGCCCUGACGCGUAUAGCUUUGCCUACGACGACCAUCAGUCAACCUUUAUCAUCCCAAAGGGUGGAGGCUGGGAGGUUGUGAUGUGUCCCAAGGGGCGGUCGACCACCAUCCUUCGCCAACUGGGCGAUGUGAUGUUUGGGUUGGCGGACAGUGGUGAGCUCUCUGAUGAAGUGCUGGCCCGUCUUCGGAAUACCACGUUUAUCAACAUGGAUAAGGGGGCAGGAAGCGGGUUGACUGUGGAGCUGACAUGGCUCGUCUUGUCGGUCUUGCUGAUGGUUUCAUUGUCGAUCUGAGUAUGUGAGGAAGAUGAGCGAGCGAGCGAGAGGCGGUCAGCGAAUUUCUGGACGUUUUUGGAUACCCCUACACAGCCGUUGCUAAUGUUGCGAGAUUUGUCCCCAGCUGCAUCCGACU